CGACGCUGAUUGGCGCAGGAGCAGCGGGAGGGCGGGACUUCUGGCGGGUACAGUAGCAGAAUUGGCCAACCGCCAGCGUGCAUCAGCGCCAGUCUGCAGCCGCAACAAUGUCCAUAUUGUGUCUGCAGGCUCACGUCCAGCGUUUAGUGACUCCAUAGCUGCAGCCUACCCGAGAACCAGCCCUGAGCAGCAACUGCUGCUGCGAGGAGAAGAGGCUCUAAUGUGGCAGGCGACAGAGUGAGAGGAAUGGCAGAAGAAAGUGUUGGAUCUGACUAGGCUGGCUGUGUGUUGGAGCUUCACACUGUGGACAUAAUGUCGUACAGCAACAGAGAGCUGGUGGAGUUCUUUAUCAGUUACAGGCUGUCUCAGAGGAACUAUCCCACCUCUCUACUGAGGCCAGAGGAUGCUGGUGGGAGGACUGAGGGAGACAAUGCCACCUCGGCCGCCAGUAAUGGCUUGCUGGUCAACUGCAGGGACAGGUGUGGCGAGCAGGGGAGGCCACCCGUCACCCCGAGCGGUGGCGUGGAGGCCGUGAAGGCAGCUCUCCUAGACUCUGCUGAAGAGUUUGAGCUGCUGUUCACGCAAGCGUUCAGUGAAGUUUCCUUGCAGCUCGACAUCACGCCUGACACAGCCUACCACAGCUUCAAGAAUGUGAUGGAUGAGGUGUUCAAGGACGGAGUCAACUGGGGACGUAUAGUGGGCCUGUUUUCUUUUGGGGGUGUGCUGUGUGUGGAAUGUGUGGAGAAGAAUAUGAGCGAGCUGGUCUCCCGCAUUGCAGACUGGAUGACCAUGUACCUGGAUGAGCGCAUCAGUCCGUGGAUCCAGAGCCAAGGAGGCUGGGUGAGUCUCCGGAGGGUGGACCCAACGUGCAUCCUCAUGUGUGACACAGACUGUGGGUGAUCCAGAACCAAUAAG